UAUGGUGUCAGUACCGGUUCUUAUGGGCCCGGUGCAUUCUGCGAUGCCGCCGCGCGUCGGUGGUGCUGGGGAGAUGCAGCGACUUCGACCGCUGUCAGCGUCGGAUGCUGAUGAUGGAGUCGGUUCGGUUGAUACGCGCAUCAGCUGAGAGACACACACCCACCUCUGGACCCGCCCCUCCGGCGAACAUGAUGCAAACGCCCCCUUUUGGCUUACAGCCAGUCGGUGGUAUCCCUCGGGAGAGGGGCCUGCUUGGAUUGGAUGGGUUGUUGAAACAGGUUGGACAAAAUAUUAGGCACACCUCCCCAGCCACAACUUCUCCUUCCUCCCCCUGCCUAUGGGUGCGACCGCAGUUGCCUUUGACGAGUCACACUGCUAGUGAUGGAAAAUUAAUGUAAAUUUGGUAAGCAGAACACAUUCCGUGUCCAGUGUAAAAUGUAGCCAGGAGCGGAAGUAUGAAAGUCUUUUCAGUGUAAAAUGUAGAGCAUGAAAUCACUUUGUGUUGGCUGUUCUCGCAGGCCUAUAAAAGCAUCACAGUGCUCACAUUCUGCAUUCGUCCUGCUCCCUUCUUUCACUUUGCUGCCUCUUUCCUGUCAUUUCAACAACAUUGGGAGACAUGUCUGAAGUCCUUGCUGCAAGCGCCAGCACUUUGGGACGGUGCAUGUGCAUCAUCACUGGAGCCUCGAAGGGAUUCGGAAGGGCUCUGGCACACCUUGCGUCAAAGGAUCUGAAGCCCGGUUCCGUCCUGCUGCUGGUGGCACGCUCCAGAUGGUUGCUCCAGGAGCUGAAGGAAGAAAUGCACAGCCUGAAAGAAGGCCAGGACCUAACAGUUCAAUGCGUAGCAGCCGACCUGAGCACCAAAGAAGGCGUGAAGGACACGGUAGACAUGGCGAGACAGUAUACAGGGAAUGAAAUAGAUCAUGUGCUUCUUGUCAAUAACGCUGCCUCUUUGGGUGACAUCUCCCCAUUUGAGAGCUUCACUGACCUCGACCAGGUGAACGCCUACCUGGCCCUCAACGUCAGCUCCACAUUGGUGCUGACUGCAGGCGUCUUGCAGGCCUUUCCACCCAGAUCGGGCUUGCAAUGGCGCGUGGUCAACUGCUCCUCGACGUUUGCACUGGAGGCUCUGCCUUCCUGGGUGCUGUACUGCAGUGCCAAAGCAGCCAGGGAGAUGAUGUUCAGGGUUCUGGCAGCCGAGAAUCCUAAUGUCAAAGUGCUCAGCUACGCACCAGGUCCAAUGGAUACAGAGAUGCAGGAGACUAUUCGGAGGUUGACGGGCAUCCAGUAUCAGCUGAAUCCGUGCAAGGAAUCCGCAACAAAAUUGAUGAAGGUUCUUUUGAACAAUGACUUUGCCUCGGGGGCACACCUCGACUUCUUUCAGUUGUGAUCACAAUAUGAUGUUUAACUCAUUUAUUCCUGUUUUUCAAAACAGGGACAAUAUGAUUUGUUUUGAAUGUGGCCUAGAAUUCCUGGCGGCACCCCUGUUAGCAACUUGUUAUGGCUCUACGUUGCCAUCAACACUGGCAAAAGCCAGUACUGUACUACACUGCAAUAUUUGUAGUGACUGAUCAGCCACAUCUGCUAAAUGUUAACAAUGCAU